CACCUCCCACGGAGAGUUGUUAUGUGGUAGUAGCAUUUCAAGAACGCCGUUUUCUUACCCCAAAGCGAGAGAGAGAAAGAGAGAGAGGAGUGUGUGUAACGGUAGCAGGAGGUAGCAUAGUAUUAGCUUAUACUAAUUGCAGACACGAUUCCAAAAGCUGCUUCCUCUCAUAAAUUCUCUGUCAACGCAUAAUCAUUCCCAUUCAGUUAUCAUCUGUGACACCAUCACACUGCGAUCAUCAUCAUCAUUCCUGCUACUAUCUAUCUAUUACCACAAUGAUGAUGUCACGGAUUUAGAUUCAUUGGUCACAAGUCACAACCUCUGAACUCAACAACCACAACAAUAACAUCAUCAACUUUUUACUUGGUUACAAUACAACCUUAAACGAUGUCGUUGAACUGUGGUGGCUGCGGUGGAGAAGAAGAUGAGCUCUAUGAGCAACUAUGGAAGGCGUGCGCAGGACCCCAUGUGGAAGUUCCACGUACAGGCCAAAGGGUCUUCUAUUUUCCUCAGGGUCACAUGGAACAAUUAGAAGUAUCAACAAAUCAGGAACUAAACCAACGGAUUCCACUGUUCAAGCUUUCCUCCAAGAUCCUUUGUCGUGUCGUCAACGUCCAUUUACUGGCUGAACAAGAAACAGAUGAGGUUUAUGCACAGAUUACUCUGGUGCCGGAAUCUAAUCAAACUGAGCCUACGAGCCCCGAUCCAUGCCCUGCUGAACUUCCAAGGCCAAGAGUUCACUCCUUCUGUAAGGUCUUAACUGCCUCUGAUACAAGCACCCAUGGUGGCUUCUCUGUCCUCAGGAAGCAUGCCACUGAAUGCCUUCCAGCAUUGGACAUGUCUAAAUCAACACCAACUCAGGAAUUGGUUGCCAAGGAUCUCCAGGGCUUUGAAUGGCGCUUUAAGCAUAUAUUUAGAGGUCAGCCACGUAGACACUUGCUCACAACUGGAUGGAGUACUUUUGUGACUUCCAAGAGAUUAGUUGCUGGAGACACCUUUGUGUUUCUGAGAGGGAACAAUGGAGAAUUGCGGGUUGGAGUGAGGCGUAUUGCUCCUCUGCAGAGCAGCAUGCCAUCAUCUGUGAUUUCUAGUCAGAGCAUGCACCUAGGAGUUCUUGCAACUGCAUCUCAUGCUGUAGCAACUCAGACUCUUUUUGUUGUAUAUUAUAAGCCAAGGACAAGCCAGUUCAUUGUUAGUGUGAACAAGUAUUUAGAGGCUAUCAACCAAAAAUGUAAUGUUGGUAUGAGAUUCAAGAUGAGGUUUGAAGGGGAUGAAUCCCCUGAAAAUGACAAAAGAUUUUCGGGCACAAUACUUGGAGUAGAGGAUAUUUCCCCUCACUGGGUGAAUUCAAAUUGGCGAUCUCUUAAGGUUCAAUGGGAUGAACCUGCAUCUUUUCCAAGACCUGAUAGAGUUUCAUCAUGGGAGAUAGAACACAUUCUGGCUUGUGUUCCUACUACGUCAUCUCAACCUGCUGUUAUAAAGAAUAAAAGGCCUCGACAAGCAAGUGAAGUUCCGGAUCUUGGAGACACACCAUUAGCUGCACCUACUUUCUGGGAUGCUGGACUUACACAGUGUGAUAUGACACAACUUAGGGUCAUGACCGAAAGCAAAAGGAGUGACAGCAGUUCCCACAUGAGGCAUCAUAACAGUAAAAGCAACAACAAUGGUAUAUCAAUGAAUCAGACAGAAGCAAGUUGGCUAUCUUCUCCUCAAUUAUAUCAGGACACAACCGAUGAUAACAAGAGCAUCUUAGCUUGGCCUAUUUCGAAACCUCACUCAGAAAGAUUGAACAAUGAUCAUUUCCUUGACCAGGUUGACAAGAACAUCAACAAAGUAGAGGCUGCUACAAGCUAUAGAUUGUUUGGGAUUGACCUUAUUGAUCAUGCAAGGAACAACUCUCUUUCUGUAGAGAAUGCGUCUGGAGUCGCCUCUGAGUGCAAAACUGAUGUAAACCACGAGUCUGAUCUCUCAAAGGCUUCUAAAGAAUGGAACCAAGAACAACUACUAGUAUCUCCAAAAGAGACUCAAAGCAAACAAGUUUGUAGCAGAAGUUGCACUAAGGUUCAAAUGCAGGGGGUUGCGGUCGGUCGUGCUGUGGAUUUGACCACAUUGGAUGGAUAUGAUCAACUUGUAGAUGAAUUGGAGAAGAUGUUUGACAUAAAGGGACAGCUUCAACACAGGAAUAAGUGGGAAACUGUCUUCACUGAUGAUGAAGGGGAUAUGAUGCUUGUUGGUGAUGAUCCAUGGCCUGAAUUCUGCAAUAUGGUGAAAAGAAUCUUCAUUUGUUCAAGCCAGGAUGUGCACAAAUUGAGCUCAGGGAGCAAACUACCUAUCUCUUCUAUGGGAGAGAUUGUAAUAAGCUUAAACACAACCGAGACCUGAAACUUUUACAUUCUUGUUCUUACUAUUUUGUUGGUUUUUUUUCUUUUAUUUUUCUGUUGCUUUUAUUUUGCUUAUUCAAGGUAAGAAUGUUAGUUUGUUUUUGGCUAGGCAAGUUUCAUGCUAGUUGUGAAACACUGGCUAAUUGUAGCUCAAUUUAGAGAUUCUAGAUACUAAUUAGGUUCCAAAGACUAAAUUAAAUAUUUUAAUAAAUUAGUUUUGAGAGGUGAAUUGGACUUAGCAUAAUAUUCAUUUAAUGUGUUUGUAUUUGUAA